AUGGCGCCUAGCAGCGGUGAAGCCCAAGGUUUCAAGUUGGAAUUUGCGGAUCUUCUGCCUCCGCUGUCAACGAAGAACUUCUUGGAGGAAUACUGGGGAAGGAAGCCUUUUUCGACCUCACUCAGCGAGGACAUGCUGACCAUCAUCAGUGUUGGGUUUUAUGAUGGCAAUUUGGCCGAAUGUGUGCUUUGGCCUGUUAUGAGGACAAUUCCAGCUUCACCGAGUCUGACUUGGAUAAUUUUCAAUCAGACCUCGAUCAAAGGAGGAGCGUCAUCUUACCAUUUUGCUUCACGCCAGGUGCCCUGGAUAUGA